CGCCACAUCGCCGCCGAGUUAUCGUGCACCGCUUCACGUGCCGGCAUCUCAUGCACCAUUUCCUUCCGGUCCCAAAACUCCUCCACGUUUCCGUCCCACGACGUCCCGCCGCGUACCUACGGCUCCACACGUGUCAAUAAUAUCCUUGGACGUGCCGACGUUCCCAAUCUCAUCUCCCCUGUAUAUAAAGCCACAGCCGGUGAGACCGUGCCAUCUUCAAACGGGAUCGGACACCUCAAGGCGAAAUGAGCCAGGAACAACCAAGAAGGCCAUACCAAGCACAGGACGCGGGCAUAAGGUACGGUGAUGUGUUCCCGGUGGGCGGAGACUUGGCCGACCGACCCGUCGCACCCAGGGACGCCGCCAUGAUGCAGACUGCCGAGUCCAUGGUUUUCGGCCACACGCCGAAGGGCGGCGCGGCUGCCGUCAUGGAGUCGACGAUCGGGGAGGCACUAGAGGCGACCGCAAAGACAGCCGGUGACAAGCCGGUGGAACCAAGUGAUGCAGCUGCCAUCCAAGCGGCGGAGUCGGCCGCCACAGGGGUGAGUACCGUGCUGACGAAUGGUGUCGCCGCUGCGGCGCAGGCGGCGGUCGUCACCAACACCUGGGCCGACCGAGAAGAUGACGAGACUAAGCUCGGGGAUGUACUGGCGGAUGCAGCGACGAGGAUGCCGGCGGAUAAGGAGGCGACCAGGCAGGACGCCGAGAGGGUGGUGGGAGCUGAGAUACGGAGCAGCCCAAACCUGGAGAUGCGUCCCGGCGGAGUGGCCGCGACAGUGGCGGCAGCAGCCCGGCUUAAUGAGCCUAAUCGCUGAGGCAGUGAUUAGUUCUGUCCACCGUACUCUGUGAAGAAGCUGUACGAUUGUGUGGU